GCCCCAGUCCCGCCCGCGGCACCGCCCCCUCACCUGCGCCGGCCCGGCACCUGGCACCGCCUCCGGAAGAGGGGAUUGGGGACCGCGGGGACCUUGGAGGGAGCGCGGCGGCGGCGGACGCUGCAGGUGCCAUGAGCUCCCCCCAAGGACCAAGCUUCCUGUCGGGGCUGCUCUCAGGAGGUGCCUCCCCCAGUGGCAAUGAGGGCUUCUUCCCCUUUGUGCUGGAAAGGAGGGACUCCUUCCUGGGAGGGGGCCCAGGGCCAGAGGAGCCUGAGGACCUGGCCCUACAGCUGCAGCAGAAGGAGAAGGAUGUGCUGUUGGCCGCGGAGCUUGGCAAGAUGCUUCUGGAGCGCAAUGAGGAGCUACAGCGGCAGCUGGAGACACUGAGCACCCAGCACGCUGAGCGUGAGGAACGGCUGCAGCAGGAGAACCAUGAGCUCCGCCAGGGCCUGGCAGCCCGGGGAGCCGAGUGGGAGGCCAGAGCGGUGGAGCUGGAGGGGGACGUGGAGGCCCUGCGGGCCCAGCUCGGGGAGCAGCGUUCAGAGCAGCAGGACAGCGGGCGUGAGCGGGCACGGGCCCUCACUGAACUCAGCGAGCAGAACCUCCGGCUCAGCCAGCAGCUCGCCCAGGCCUCCCAGACUGAGCAGGAACUUCAGAGGGAACUGGAUGGCCUUCGGGGGCAGUGCCAGGCUCAGGUCCUGGCAGGAGCAGAGCUGAGGAUGCGGCUGGAGAGUCUGCAAGGGGAGAACCAGAUGCUGCAGAGCCGCCGGCAGGACCUGGAGGCCCAGAUCCGGGACCUGCGCGAGGAGGUGGAGAAGGGCCAGGGCAGGCUACAGGCAACCCAUGAAGAGCUGCUGCUGCUGAGGCGCGAGAAGCGAGAGCAUAGCCUGGAGCUGGAGCGCGCGCGCUGCGAGGCGGGGGAGGCGUUGAGAGCGCUGCGGGGGCUGCAGAGGCGCGUCUCGGAGCUGGAGGAGGAGUCGCGCCUUCGGGACGCCGACUUGUCGGGAGCCUCACUGCAGUCGGAGCUGGCUCACAGCCUCGACAGCGGCCAGGACCCGAAGGCUGACGCCCGCGGAGCUGCCCCGAACACUCCGUCCCCCGAGAUCCAAGAAGCGUUCAGCCACCAGCCUUCGCCCCAAGAGGAGAGCUUGGAGCCUCCCAAGAAGCGAGCAUCCCUGAGGCCAGGGGAUAUACUAGAGGAGAAGGAGGCCGAAGUGGCCGGGCUUCAGGAUGAGGUCGCGCUGCAGCGGGCAGAGCUACAGUCUCUGCGGGAGGAGCUGCAAAGGCAGAAGGAGCUGCGGACGCAUGGCGACCCCGACGAGGCCCUCAGCGGCGCCCUCUCGGACCGGGACGAAGCUGUGAACAAGGCGCUGGAACUGUCCCUGGAGCUCGGCCGCGUCUCUCUGGAGCGGGACUCGCUCUCCCGGGAGCUGCUUCGCACUAUCCGCCAGAAGGUGGCGCUGACGCAAGAGCUGGAGGCCUGGCAGGACGACAUGCAGGUGGUGAUCGGCCAGCAGCUGCGCUCCCAACGACAGAAGGAGCUAAGUGCGGCGGGAGCCGUCCCGCGCCGCGCCGCCCCGCGCUUCUCGCUGCGCCUGGGUCCUGGGCCCGCCGGCGGCUUCCUAAGCAACCUCUUCCGAAGGACCUGAAGGCCGGGCCAUGGGGGCCGCCGGUGCCUUCUGGCUUCCUUUCCUCUAAUGGUCCUGAGCGUCUUCCAGAGGGGCCUGGUGCCCUCCCCACCCCGGGAAGCUGGGCAAAGGCUCGUUGGGAGCAGGGACCAGCUUUGGGGGCCAAGGGCCCCAGGUAGGUGGCGGGGCAGGUGAGGCAGAGCUGAGUUUUGAAUCUCUAUAGGUCUAUAUUUUCUAAGGGCCUGGCGCGCUGCAGGGCAGGGAUGAGGGUGGGUAUUUAUGUAUCAAGAUCAAACAGAGUAAUAUAUAAAAAUCAUGACACCAA